CGAAGACGGAUUUAUCCCGAGCAGCGAACACAGGCAUCAUGCAGAUUUUCGUCAAGACCCUCACGGGCAAGACCAUCACCCUCGAGGUGGAGUCCUCGGACACGAUCGACAACGUCAAGGCGAAGAUCCAGGACAAGGAGGGGAUCCCCCCCGACCAGCAGCGCCUCAUCUUCGCGGGCAAGCAGCUCGAGGACGGCCGCACGCUCGCGGACUACAACAUCCAGAAGGAGUCCACGCUCCACCUCGUGCUCCGCCUCCGCGGCGGCGGCAAGAAGCGCAAGAAGAAGAACUACACCAAGCCCAAGAAGAUCAAGCACAAGAACAAGAAGGUGAAGCUCGCGUUUCUCAAGCUGUACAAGGUGGACGACGCGGGCAAGGUGACGCGGCUUCGCAAGGAGUGCCCCGCGGCGGAGUGCGGCGCCGGGGUGUUCAUGGCGAACCACUUCGACCGUCACUACUGCGGCAAGUGCGGGCUGACGUACGUCCCGGAGGGGGUCAAGAAGUGAGCGGAUCGGUCGAUCGGUCGAUCGAUCGAUGGUUCGAUCGCGCGGUUAGGGCUCUGGCGCGCGCGCUCUGCGACUACGUGUGUACUGUAGCUCGUCGUCGCCGGUUAUACUAACCUUACCUAUCUUCGCCGCGA